AUGGCGAACGAAGAGGACGAGACGGUGGCGAUGGUGAUAGUCAUCGGGAUGUAUGCGGGUGGUGAGGAGUAUCUUAGGAGCGAGACGAUAAGGAAGUGUGGCGAAGACGGUAACGACGAUGGGGAAGACGAUGACAAUGAUGGUGAUGAUGAUCAUCAGGUCGAAGGGGUCAGAGUCGAGGAUGAAAAUGGCGAUGUUGGUCAGCCACUGCUGACCCACAGCAUUGCGUCGGACGAGAAUGAAAAUGAGAAGACCAAUUCAUCACCCCAUCCCAACCUACACAUCCUCGCACAUCUGUAA